GUCGCGCGAGGGACAGUCGGCUCCUGUACUCCGUCUGCGUUGAGGGGAGAGGUGACCUGGCGGUGCUGGCUACUCGUACCCGGGGAAAUGCUGAAAGCUCAGGCACUGAGGAGGGACCCCGGCGGCGCUGGGAUGCUCGAGCCCUUAGAGGGCCGGGACGAAGAGCCAAGGCCGGUUCUCAGGGGCCACUAAAGGCCUCGUGAGGUUGAGCCCAGCUCCACUUCUCCGAGCAGUCAGGCCGGCCGGGCGCUCCCGAGCCCAGGCCGGUUGCCUCUGUCUUGUCAGGAUUCAGGGUUUGGGAAUCUCCCGAUGACGCGCCUGCCUCCGCUGCUGCACCGUAGGCCCGGGAGUGCCUUGCCGUGUCCCCAAGCUGGGACCAGCGGGCUCUCCUUAAAGGAUUGUCCAGUGGAGAAGUGGUGAACCCGAUGUCGGGGAGAGGUGGAGAUAGGGAAAGUGACGGGCCAGAGGGGAGUCCUUAAGAAGUGCCAGAGUCACGUGUGCGUUUCAAAAGAAGGGCCAUGACUGAGUAGGGAAGGGACCCAUGUGGACUCCCAGACCGUGGACUAGGUGGAGGAGGGACCUUGAACUCCUGAAAGCUGGGGGCAGCUUUCUUUUUUUUCUUUUUUUCUUUUUUUUUUUUUUUUCUUAAAAGAUGACCAGUAAGGUGAUUGUCAGUACCAUACUCUCCCAAAUGAGCUAACCGACCAUCCCUGUAUAGGGAUCCGAACCCGUGGCCUUGGUGUUAUCAGCACCACACUCUCCGAAGUGAGCCACGGGCCGGCCCUAGGGGGCAGCUUUCAAAUGAACAGCACAGUCCCAUCUCUCUGACUUUGCUCCAGCGGUUCCCUUCACCCGGAUGCAAGGUUGUCUCCGUUUCUCCAGUUGUGAUGAAUCCUGAUCUAGCACCUUCUCAGAGAAGCCCUCUUGGGUUCUCCAAUUACAGCUUAUUGCUCCCUCCUCUGCACCCCCAACACCCUCCUCGGACCUGUGACUACAAGGUCAGUGAAUGCAGUGACUCCAGUUUGAGAAGAGAAUCUUUGGUAUAUUCUCUUCAGAGGGAGAGGGACUGCAAAAACCGCGCAGCCCCUUCCUCGGAGGCCAAAGGGAACCCGAGCAGAAAAGAGGCCACGCCGCCCUUGCUAGCCAUUGGCUCUCCACGUGACCUGUGCCCGCUCGUCCCGCUCUCCUGCCGACCCACCUUGCCCUGCCCCAAUCCCGCGGGCCCCACCUGCUCCCCGCCCUGUGCAAACUCCGUGCUGGUGAGACAUCAAUCCGCAGUCCGCGGCAGGACCGGCCCAGGCAGCCUCCGAGAAAAGCAGCGCGCCCGCCCGCAGCGCAAAGGAAGACCUGCGAGUAGACCAUACCCCGCGAGCAGACCAUGCGGCUGGACCGACUUCGCGCGCGGCUGAGCGCCGUGGCCUGUGGGCUCCUGCUUCUCCUCGUCCGGGGCCAGGGACAGGACUCUGCCAGCCCCAUCCGGACCACGCACACGGGGCAGGUGCGAGGAAGCCUCAUCCACGUGAAGGGCACCGAUGUGGGGGUCCACACCUUUCUAGGAAUUCCCUUUGCCAAGCCACCUGUAGGGCCACUGCGGUUUGCACCCCCAGAGCCCUCAGAAUCUUGGAGUGGCGUGAGGGAUGGGACCUCCCACCCGGCCAUGUGUCUUCAGAAUGCCACUAUGAUGAAUGCAGAGGCUGAGAGCCUGUUUAACAUAACUGUGCCUUCCACCUCCAUGUCUGAGGACUGCCUGUACCUCAGUAUCUACACACCUGCCCAUGCCCAUGAGGGCUCUAACCUGCCUGUGAUGGUGUGGAUCCAUGGUGGGGCGCUUGUUGUGGGAUCAGCUUCGAUGUAUGAUGGUUCUGCGCUGGCAGCCUUUGAGGACGUGGUGGUGGUCACUAUCCAGUACCGCCUGGGUAUCCUGGGCUUCUUCAGCACUGGAGACAAGCAUGCAACCGGGAACUGGGGCUACCUGGAUCAAGUGGCUGCAUUACGCUGGGUCCAGCAGAAUAUCGCCCAUUUUGGAGGCAACCCUGACCGUGUCACCAUUUUUGGCGAGUCUGCAGGUGGCGCAAGCGUGUCCUCACAUGUCAUAUCCCCCAUGUCCCGAGGGCUCUUCCACAGUGCAAUCAUGGAGAGUGGUGUGGCUGUGCUGCCCGGCCUCAUCACCGGCUCAUCUGCUGCAGUGUCCAUGAUGGUGGCCAACCUGUCUGCCUGUGACCAGGUGGACUCCGAGGCCCUGGUGGGCUGCCUGCGGCGCAAGAGUGAAGAGGAGAUUCUGGCCAUUAGCAAGCCCUUCAUGGUAAUCCCUGGUGUGGUGGAUGGGGCCUUCCUGCCCAGGCACCCGCUGGAGCUGCUGUCCUCGGACAACUUUCGACCCGUCCCCAGCAUCAUUGGUAUCAACAAUGACGAAUGGGGCUGGAACAUCCCCAAGAUCGUGGGCCUCUUUGACACCCAGAAGGAAGUGGACAGAGAAUCCAUGCAGGCUCUUGUGCAGAAAACUUCAGCAGAGAUGAUGUUGCCUCCUGAGACUGGUGACCUGUUGAUGGAGGAGUACAUGGGGGACAAUGAGGAUCCUCAGACUCUCCAAGCUCAGUUCCGGGAGAUGAUGGGGGAUGCCAUGUUUGUGAUCCCUGCACUCCAAGUAGCACAUUUUCAACGUUCCCAUGCCCCCGUCUACUUCUAUGAGUUCCAGCAUCGGCCCUCCCUCUUCAAGGACAUCAAGCCACCCCACGUGAAGGCCGACCAUGGCGAUGAGGUUCUCUUUGUCUUCAGAAGUUCCUUCUGGGGCAGCCACAUCAAACUCACUGAGGAGGAGGUGCUGCUGAGCAGGAGGGUGAUGAAGUACUGGGCCAACUUUGCUCGAAAUGGGAACCCCAACGGCGAGGGUCUGCCCCACUGGCCCGUGUUUGACCAGGAGGAGCGAUACCUGCAGCUGAAUAUACAGCCUGCAGCGGGCCAGGCCCUGAGGGCCCGCAGGUUCCAGUUCUGGACAAAGACCAUACCCCAGAAGAUCCAGGAGCUAAUGGAGGCUGAGAAGAAGCAUGUGGAACUGUAGCCCCCUGUGUCGGGGGUGAGGGGUGGGCGUGAGUGCAGGGAGAUCUGCCUGAUGUGUCCACACCCCCGCACUGAAUAGCCAUGGUUGAUUCCUUCAUACAUAUAGCCCUCCGUUCAUUCUACCAUCUGUCCAUUCAGGAAAUGUUUAUUAAACACCUACUGCAAGAUGUUUAGUUAUCAA